UUCUGUUGUAUUUCAGGGGCUGUUGGCUGACAGGGAGACAUUGCAUGAGAAAGACAGCAGACAUGUUCAGAAUGCACUUCACACUAAAACACACCUAACACAAACAGAUUAAAGAAGAUUAUCAGGGAUUACUUGCCGAAAUUUCAUUUACAGUAGAUCUGUGGUUUAUCCAUAAUUUCAUCAAAAAAAAGUAAUCUUUUGUUAUUCUCUGUCUUGUCUUUCACUUAAGGUCCAGCAGUGGAGUUCAUAAUGAGUGGCAGGGUCAGGCCUGAGUGUGUUAACCAGGAAGCAGGAAGAUAUUAGCCGGAGUCACAGGAUAGCAGAUGUUACUUAUUCUUCCAUAACCCCUCCUUAUACACAGCUGCAGGACAUAUGUGACCUCAGGCAGUUUUUUAACUAUUACUAACAUUCAACAAAGUUUGAUGUCAUCAUAUGGACACCCAGAUUUUAGCCUUUAUGUGUUCCAUUCAACUAUUUAAUUUCACUUUCUUGCCAGGUGAUGAAUUGGAUUUUAAGGAUGCCCUCUAUCUCCUCUUUACAACUUUUAAUGAUAAAUUCUAGUAUUUUUUAUGUUUUUUUUGUACAGUCACACUGAUCUAUUAAGUGCACACAAAAGGGUCUCCAAGUACUGAGGUCAGAGGAUGUAUGGCCACAGCAUUUACCACAGGGAUCAAUAGCAGGCUAUCACAUUAAAACUGUCUGGCCAGCAUACUGUUAUGUCCUUGCAUUUCUCCUGGAGUGAACCAACGCCCACCUAAAUCCCUUCUUGUUCAUUUUUUUGAUCCAUCUGUCCUUUCCCACGUGUAUCAACUUCAGAGCACCUUAUCUGGCUCCCUCCCCUCGCACUCUCUUUAUCUUCCUCUCUUUUAAUCACACUGACUUUAUAGUAUCGCUUUGUCAGAUGUGUUUUGUCUACUGUUACAUCACAUUUAUCUUUUGCUUUCCAUUUAAACCUGGCAGCUCAUCACCUCUUUAAACCACCCCAAAACAUCUGUCCUGCCCUCUCAGCUCUAUCUGUGACUGUACCUUCUGUCCUGUUUAUCCUCUUCCCACGUGUGCCUUACUUUCUCCCCCCUCUCUCUUUCGCUCUCUGGCCUCCCCCUGCCUCCCUCUUCACCUGUGUGGCCAUGCUGGAGCGUAUGUCCCGUCGCUCUCGCUCCCUGCUCUCCCUGACCUUGACCACUCUGGCUCUGGCCCUCUCCAUCCUGGCACUCUGCACUUCCUACUGGUGUGAGGGCACCCACAAGGUGGUCAAGCCCCUCUGCCUGUCGCCCGUUAAAAUGAAGAACUGUGGUCAGAACAACAGCGAGCCUUACACCACAGAGAGUCCCACACAGAACCCCUUCAACCGCACACUGUCUCCAGCCAGGAGGGACGAGCUGGCCAAGAUUAGACAGAGGCAGAUGGCCAACGCGGUUCAGUACAUAUGGGAGACGGGAGAAGACAAGUUUGCUUUUAGAUACUUCCACACUGGUUUCUGGGAAAGUUGCGAGAAACACAGUGAUGGGGAGAAAUGUCGAAGCUUUAUAGAGUUAACACCUGGAGAAACACAAGGUGUGCUCUGGCUGUCAGUUAUUUCAGAGUUUACGUACAUUGGCCUGCUGGGGAUGGGAUUCUUACUGAUGUGGCUGGAAGUCUUGUGUUCCCAUAAAGAGAUGCACUCGCUAAAAAUCAAUGCCUAUGCAGCUAUCUGUACUGUGUUAUCAGGUCUUCUUGGGAUGGUGGCCCAUAUGAUGUACACUACAGUAUUUCAGAUGACAGUCAUUGUGGGCCCCAAAGACUGGAGGCCUCAGUCCUGGGACUACGGCUGGUCUUUUGCUCUUGCCUGGGUGUCCUUUAGUUGCUGUAUGGGGGCCGCUGUGGUCACCCUCAACUCCUACACAAAGACCAUCAUCGAGCUCCGUCGCAGACAGAGGCUCCGUUUGGAGGAAGCAAGAAACGCCACUCAUGCUCCUUCCUAUGAUGAGGUUGUUCCAGGGGGCGGGCUCUACUCUGUCAGUGGCCUGUUGCAGUGUCCAGACGGCAUGAUCGAUGUAGCGUGGGCCCCGAAUGGUAGUGUGGUUGGAGUAGGAAAUGGGGAUGUGCCAACGCUGGUUUUAGUAGGAGGCUGUGGGCCAGAGGGGUGUGAAGACUGUGAGAGAGAGAUGGAUGAGAUGGAUGAGGCCAUGGACCGAGUUGAUUCACCUUGUUAGGGGCUCUUUUAUAUCCAUCAACUUACAAGGGCUGAAAAACUGAAAAAGGAUAGACUCUGUCACUGUGCUGGAGAAGGAUCAAUGUGGGCAAACAGAUGCUGUUUUUUAUUUUCUUUGACUUUCAGUGAAGUUGGGACAUACUAAUUUGUGCUUGAAGGCCGGUGAAAUCAACACAUAUUAAACUGUAAAGACUACAAUGUAUGAAUAUGUCACACUGGCAUGCAAGACUGCAUGUUUUAGGAGUAUUUCUCAGUGCCUCAUGGUAGGAAAGUAAAUGUGUGUUUCUUUCUGUAAUAUAAACUUAAUUAUUACUUAAUUGUUUAUAUUUUAACAUGCAAUGUAUCAGGACAAGUCAUAUCAAUGAUCAUUUCACUGCCUAGACGGGGUGGAAGUUUCUUCUGCUGAUACCUAAACAGGUCAGCCUGUCCUUUCUCAUUUAUCUGAGUUGGCCAUUCAACAUUUGUUUUUUUCAAGCUCUUCUCUUGCUUGUGACAAACUUUUGAUGCAAUGCAUGUAGACCAGAGGCUAAAACAAACACAGUCUCACUGCAGAUGCACAGACAAACCCAUACGAUAGACACAUAGUGAUAGAAAGAUUACAGAGAUUUUGAAAAGUCUGCUCUCUGAUGUUGAACAGAAGAUUAUGUGUAAACCAGUAAUCCCGAAUUGGAUGGAAAUGAAGGAGGAAUAGAGUGAGGAGAGAUGGAGGGCAUGUGAAGGGAUGGAGCGGGGGAGCAGGUUGUGAGGGGUUAGAACGAAAGUUGGAAAGAAACACACACACACACACACACACACACACACACACAAAAACAUCACUCUUUCAGGGAAAUAAUUGUGUUUAAAUUCAGGUAUUUACUGUGUUUAACAUAAAAUUAUACAGGCAACAUUUUUUAAAUAAACGUACAAAAAUCUACCUUAAAUUUUUGUAGGUUUUACAUGUGGGACACUCCUGGAUUUACUGUCUGAGACAUAAUAAUUGAACAACAUAUAAUUGAAAACCUAAAACACAAAGCGUAAUUUUUGCUAGCAUUAUAAACACAGUAUGUUUCUGUGUCAUAGACAAGUUUAUUGUUUUUCUGGGAAAGACAAAAAAUAUAGAUUUUCAAAGCAGAUUUAUGAGAAAAUAUUUAAUUGAUUGUACAGUGAAUAGAGUACAACACUUCAGAGCUACCAUGUCUAUUAAGACAUUUCCAGUUAUGUAAAAAAAACAAAAAACUUAAGUGAGCUAACAAUUGGGUAUGAUACUUAGAUUUGCCAUUACCAUUAAUUUCUCCAGAGUCAAAACAUUUUUGAACCAUUUAAACAGUAGGACACAUUUAUAAUACACAUUCUGAAUGUAUAUAUGUAUCGCAUCAAUAAUAGUCACCAUAAAUCUUAUUUUUAGCUGUACACAUUUUAAACACUAUGCCAUAAUUUACCUCUUUUAGCUUCUAUUUCACAUAAAUUAAUAGACAAACAUGAUAGUAAACCAAUAUGACAAAUGAAAACUUACUGAAAGGUUAAUUGCAACCAAGACACUGCAGAGAAGAGUAUUUACACGGAGGUAUUGAGUGGAUGAAAGAGGAGGGAGGAGGAAGCAUGUGAGGCUGAGAAAAAGUAAAAGUUUAAGAGAGUCUAAUGAGAGGGGAUAAAAUAGGAAUGACUUUAUUGUUUAAUUGGUUCAUAGUGGAUAAGACGCAUUGCAUUCUCAUUUUCAAUCACUCCUUUGAUGAACUCUCCUUCAGCCAGUCGCUCUAUGAGAGAAAAAAAUAAAGUAAGAGAAAACAGUAAACAAGAUAUAUAGCAAGUAGUUUGGUGUCAUGAUGAGGUUGAAAAAUGCACCUGUUUCUUAUCUAAGAAAUCCUGUCUUAUCUCCUAUGUGUGUGUGUGUGUGUGUGUGUGUGUGUGUGUGUGUGUGUGUGUGUGUGUGACAGUAGCAUGCAGUGAAGUCACUUAAGGGUUCAUGAUGCAUGGCUGGUACAUACAUAAUAAAGCUUGCAUGACACAUGUGA